AUCACCGCGCAGCUCGUCCCUCGGGCUCGUACCCUUUAGUGAAAGAAUUCAGCUCCUUGCGAGAAAGUUACCUGUGGCCGCCCAAGUCCGCCACUUUCUGCUGUGUGGCUGCCCAUUGCCACGAUCCGGGAGGGACUCCGCGCCGCCCGGCCGCCUCCGAGCUCGGGCCCCAUGUGAGGGGGCCCCCCCCUUAUCCCACCUUUCCGGCUAGGUGAGGGCGCGAGCGGGCGAGCGAGCGAGAGUGGUGAGGGGGGACGGAAAAGCAGAAUUACCUGUAGCUCUUGUUCUGCCAUCUCGGGCGCUCUCACACACCUUCACCUGCACAGACUUGAAAGUCCAGUUUCACCAGAGGCUGAGGCUCCAGGAAAAGGGGAGCGAGUUCAUUGGAUCAAACAUGUCACAAGAGUCGGACAAUAAUAAACGACUGGUGGCCUUAGUGCCCAUGCCCAGUGACCCUCCAUUUAAUACCCGAAGAGCCUACACCAGUGAGGAUGAGGCCUGGAAGUCGUAUUUGGAGAACCCCCUGACGGCGGCCACCAAGGCAAUGAUGAGCAUCAACGGCGACGAGGACAGCGCGGCCGCGCUUGGCCUUCUGUAUGACUACUACAAGGUUCCUCGAGACAAGAGGCUACUGUCUGUAAGCAAAGCAAGCGAGAGCCAAGAAGACCAGGAUAAGAGAAACUGUCUUGGCACAAGUGAAGCCCAGAGUAAUUUGAGUGGAGGAGAAAAUCGAGUGCAGGUCCUGAAGACUGUUCCAGUGAACCUUUCCCUAAAUCAAGACCACCUGGAGAAUUCCAAGCGGGAGCAGUACAGCGCGAACGUCCCCGAGAGCCCAGCCAUCAUCCCCGUGUCAGGAAUCACAGUGGUGAAGGCUGAAGAUUUCACACCGGUUUUCAUGACCCCAACGGUGCACUAUCCCCGGGGAGAAGGGGAGGAGCAACGCGUGGUUAUCUUUGAACAGAGUCAGUACCCCGUGCCGUCCAUGGCCGGCCACGGCACCUACCUCAAGGACGACCAGCGCAGCACCCCGGACAGCACUUACAGCGAGAGUUUCAAAGACGGAAACACGGAGAAAUUUCGGAGUGCUUCGGUCGGGGCUGAGGAGUACAUGUACGAUCAGACAUCAAGUGGCACGUUUCAGUACACCCUGGAAGCCACCAAAUCUCUCCGUCAGAAGCAAGGGGAGGGCCCGAUGACCUACCUCAACAAGGGACAGUUCUAUGCCAUCACGCUCAGCGAGACGGGGGACAACAAGUGCUUCCGACACCCCAUCAGCAAAGUCAGGAGUGUGGUGAUGGUGGUCUUCAGUGAAGACAAAAACCGGGAUGAGCAGCUGAAAUACUGGAAGUACUGGCACUCCCGGCAGCACACUGCAAAGCAGAGGGUCCUCGACAUUGCUGAUUACAAGGAGAGCUUUAAUACGAUUGGCAACAUCGAAGAGAUUGCCUAUAAUGCUGUUUCCUUCACCUGGGACGUGAAUGAAGAAGCAAAAAUUUUCAUCACCGUGAAUUGCCUGAGUACAGAUUUCUCCUCCCAGAAAGGGGUGAAAGGACUUCCUUUGAUGAUUCAGAUUGAUACAUACAGUUAUAAUAAUCGUAGCAAUAAACCCAUUCAUAGAGCUUAUUGCCAGAUCAAGGUCUUCUGCGACAAAGGAGCAGAAAGAAAAAUCCGAGAUGAAGAGAGGAAGCAGAACAGGAAGAAGGGGAAAGGCCAGGCCUCCCAAACCCAGUGCAACAACUCCUCUGAUGGGAAGGUGGCAGCGAUACCGUUACAGAAGAAGAGCGACAUCACCUACUUCAAGACGAUGCCUGAUCUGCACUCCCAGCCCGUCCUCUUCAUACCUGAUGUUCACUUUGCAAACCUGCAGAGGACAGGACAGGUGUAUUACAACACGGAUGAUGAACGAGAAGGCAGCAGUGUCCUUGUGAAACGGAUGUUCAGGCCCAUGGAAGAGGAGUUUGGUCCAGCACCCUCCAAGCAGAUGAAAGAAGAAGGGAUGAAGCGAGUGCUUCUGUACGUGAGGAAGGAGACGGACGACGUGUUUGAUGCCUUGAUGUUGAAAUCCCCCACCGUGAAGGGCCUGAUGGAAGCGAUUUCUGAGAAAUAUGGGCUGCCCGUGGAGAAGAUAGCAAAGCUUUACAAGAAAAGCAAAAAAGGCAUCCUGGUGAAUAUGGACGACAACAUCAUUGAGCACUACUCGAAUGAGGACACCUUCAUCCUCAACAUGGAGAGCAUGGUGGAAGGCUUCAAGAUCACACUCAUGGAAAUCUGAGCCCCACUCUGGGCUGCAGCCCUCAGGGCCUUCCUCCCCCGGGGAAGUCAGAGGCCCCGGCCCCCAGGACCCGCAGACCCACCUCACCCAUCCAACGACUGCUGUUACGCGACUGCGCUGGGGAGCGGGGUGAGGCCCUGAGACCCGCGCUGGGAUCCCUGCGUUUGGGCCACCCACCGGUUCCUGCCCUGGAGCCGCGGCCCAGGCCCCUCGGGACGGGGCCUUGAGCCUGUCACAUCCUUAUUUAUUGUCCACCAUUUUUCCGGAGCCCGGGGCCCAGGACCUGCCAGGACUCUGCAGGUCACUGCUGGCUCCAGCUGACAAGGGCCGGAGCUUUCCCUUUCAGUCCGUUGAUCCUGAAGAGCCUGAGGGAGCUCCCUCCUGCCACCUCACCC